UAAAUUACGAAAAACCAGAGAAUGGGAAUUCGAUCUAAGUUAAAAGAAAUAUCGCCGCUCAAACGUUUCGAUAAUCUAUCUAAAGUCCGUUUAGUGAAAAGAAUUUAAAUUUCGGUAUAAAAUUGGAACGUACCUCGUUCCCUAUUCACGACAACAAAGCCAACCCAAAUCGGUUAACAACUAGAUCAUGUAAUAAAAAAAUUCGGAAGGUGUGCUCGCGGUAAAUUGAGAACUUUAUAUAUCCUGAGUGCUCUUCAAGGCAAAGAAUCGAAGUGCAAACAGAUCCCAAUGGACUUUGGAAGAGUGAGAACAUCAAGAAAGUGGUUUUUUAUUGAGCAUUUGCUGUAAUGCGAUUUCGAUGCUAUGCUGUGUUACGCUCUUCUGCAGGCUCACGAUGUGGUGGCACACGAAAUUUACGGUGAAGAUGCAAUGCGAGUUACACCGCCUCCUCUACUUCCAUAUCUCAAUGGGGGUGAAGAACUCGACGGUACCAAUGGAGAGGUGGAGAUGGAAAACGUCACGAGGGUCCGAUUGGUUCAGUUUCAAAAAAAUACAGAUGAACCUAUGGGAAUAACGUUAAAAAUGAACGAAGAUGGCAAAUGCAUUGUAGCGAGGAUAAUGCACGGUGGUAUGAUCCAUCGACAAGCGACACUUCACGUCGGUGACGAAAUAAGGGAGAUUAAUGGAAUACCUGUACAAAACCAGUCCGUUAAUGCCCUGCAAAAAAUUCUCAGGGAGGCGAGAGGUUCAAUUACUUUUAAAAUUGUUCCAUCGUAUCGAAGUGCUCCGCCGCCUUGCGAGUUGUUCAGGAUCAAACCUCUUCCAGUUUUAAUAUUUGUUAGAGCUCAGUUUGAUUACGACCCAUUGGAGGAUGAGUUAAUACCCUGCGCUCAAGCUGGAAUUGCUUUUAAAACUGGUGAUAUUUUACAAAUAAUUAGUAAAGAUGAUCAUCAUUGGUGGCAAGCACGAAAAGAUAAUUCAGCUGGUUCUGCUGGAUUAAUUCCUUCCCCAGAGCUUCAGGAGUGGAGGGCAGCUUGUGCUGCUAUGGAAAAAACCAAACAUGAACAAGACAUGGAGAAAGGAUGUACUUCUCAUGCAAAUGGUUGUGAUGGUUCCUCAGUCAAUUGCUCAAUCUUCAGUCGUAAGAAGAAACAAUAUAAGGAUAAAUAUUUGGCAAAACAUAACGCAGUUUUCGACCAAUUAGAUUUAGUUACAUAUGAAGAGGUUGUUAAAUUACCAAGUUUUCUAGUGGCGGACCCUGCUUUCAAACGGAAAACCUUGGUACUACUAGGUGCUCACGGAGUAGGCCGACGGCAUAUUAAAAACACACUUAUAGCAAAGCAUCCUGAUCAGUAUGCAUAUCCUAUACCACAUACCACAAGAGCGCCGAGGCCGGAUGAGGAAAAUGGAAGAAAUUAUUUCUUUGUCUCCCAUGAUGAAAUGAUGGCUGACAUAGCUGCGAAUGAAUAUUUAGAAUAUGGAACACAUGAAGAAGCAAUGUAUGGCACAAAAUUGGAGACGAUUAGAAAAAUUCAUCACGAGGGAAAGAUGGCAAUACUGGAUGUAGAACCCCAAGCACUUAAAAUAUUACGAACUGCCGAAUUUUCACCGUAUGUUGUCUUUAUCGCCGCACCUGCUUUGCAGAAUUUAAAUGAUUAUGACGGUAGCCUAGAAAGGCUGGCGAAAGAAUCCGACAUGCUUCGUCAGGCGUAUGGACACUACUUCGAUUUGACUAUUGUUAAUAAUGAUAUAGAAGAAACAAUUACAGCAUUAGAAAACGCAAUCGACCGUGUUCACAAUACUCCACAAUGGAUACCAGUCUCGUGGGUAUACUGACAACAAGAGUCUUCGGAUUUGGAUUCUCUGCAAAAUUUCUAAGACAAGCGUUAUUUUGCAGAGUAUUAACGCUUUAGUACAUCAUAUUAUAUUUUUAAACAAAAAUAUGUAAAACCAAAAGAAAACGCAUCUUAAUUUGUAUAAACUGCUUGUUAUUUAGAAAAAAAUCAAUGUUUAUGGAUACCAAAAACAUAUAGUGUGAUGAGAAUAUUCUUAAAUUUUGCUUUCAUAAGAUUAAAUUUCAAAUAAAAUGAAAAGUACCGUUUAAAACAAA